GCAUUGGAGAUUCUUGGAGUUUUGUUUCCAUUUUCCCCCUCUAUUUCUUUCCAUGAUCAUACCGAUUGGAUGAGAGCCGCUUGGACACGUGGGAUGCUAUCAAAACAGAUCGCUUGUCUCACUGAUGUCUGCAGAAAAAUCAAGUUCCGCAGGAAUAACUAAGAUGAGUUCUCACUUGUUCGUGGGUCCACUGAUUCACACGAAAUCGAACGGUGAAUUGCUGGUCGUUCAUCGAGCUGGGAUUUUGGUCCAGAAUGGAAAGAUAAUUAGCGUUACGGAAAAUCCAAAGCCGAACGAAGUGACAGCGGAUUUCGUGACACUAUUGAGUGCCGGACAAUUUUUGAUUCCUGGCUUCAUCGACUGUCACAUACAUGCGCCUCAAUUGCCAAAUAUUGGAACGGGCUACGACAAGGGACUUCUUGACUGGUUAGAGAUGUAUACCUUCCCGUUGGAGAGAAAAUACUCCGAUGAGAAAUUUGCCGAGCGAAUAUUCGAUGCCGUCGUCAAACGUACGCUCACGGUUGGAACAACGACAGCUUGUUAUUUCGCCUCUCUGUACGCAAAGGCUUCUCUGAUAUUGGGACAAAAAGCAGCUUGUUAUGGGCAGCGAGCUUUUAUCGGCAAAUUGAAUAUGAAUCGUCCACGCGAUGAUGGAUAUUACGAAAGUACUGAGAAUUCAGUCACGAACACGAAACUCUUUAUCGAAGAAGUGAACAGUAUUGGAAGUCCCUUGAUCAAGCCUAUUAUAACUCCAAGAUUCGCUCUGAGCUGCGAUUUGGAAUUGCUGAAGGAAUUAGGAAAAUUAGCGAAUGAGCUGGAUAUUCACGUACAGACUCACGUGUCGGAAAAUUUGGACGAGAUAGAGGCCGUGAAGGAACUUUUUCCGGGAAUAGAAACGUACACGGAAGUUUAUGAAGCUGCGGGACUCCUCACAAACAAAACGGUCUUAGCUCAUGGAGUUCAUCUGAAAGACAACGAAUUGGAUAUUAUCAAAAGCAAAAAAAGUGCAGUCAUUCACUGCCCUUCGUCGAACACGUGUUUGAGAAGCGGUUUGUGUGACGUUAGAAGGCUCAUGAAUCACGGAAUCAAAAUUGGUCUGGGCACAGACGUUGCAGGAGGAACAAGCGUUUGUAUACUCGAUGCGAUGAGAUCGGCUCUUCAAGUGUCAAAUAGUUUGUCUAUUUUGAAUCCCAGUUACGAGCCGUUGAAAUAUACAGAUGUAUUUCAUUUCGCAACUUUGGGAGGCGCCAGCUCUCUCAUGAUCGAGGAUCAAGUCGGUAAUUUUGAAGUGGGCAAAGAGUUCGACGCCCUUGUCAUUGAUAUGAAUAUUCCAACUGGGCCUCUCGACGGUCUUAUAGAUUUUACCCUUGAAGAUAAACUGCAAAGACUCAUUUACUCCGGCGAUGAUCGAAACAUUGUUGAGGUCUAUGUCAAGGGUUGCAGAGUGAAAUAAAUCCGUUUUUGUUUUCAUCGUUCUUGAUAUCAUCGAUGAAAUGAAUAAAAAAUUAUUUUUUUGGGAAUAAAUAAUGAAAGUGAAAAACAA